AUGAAUUUCGACGACGAUGCCCCUCCAGAUCUGAUCGAGGUUGGUGGUGAGAUCCAAGACUCAGACGAGGGGCCAAGUAUAAAAGUGCCUAUUACCAUUGUUACAGGAUACCUCGGUGCCGGAAAGACGACAUUAUUGAAUUACAUACUUACGGCUCAGCAUGGGAAAAAAAUUGCCGUCAUUAUGAAUGCUGUGGACAUUGAGAAAUCUCUCACAGUCAGUCAAGGCGACAACAGGGUAGAAGAAUGGCUUGAAGUUGGAAAUGGCUGCCUAUGCUGUUCUGUCAAAGAUACUGGCGUUAAUGCGAUCGAGAGCUUAAUGGAAAAGAAGGGAGCUUUUGACUACAUUUUGCUUGAAACAACUGGGUUAGCAGAUCCCGGCAACAUUGCACCUCUCUUCUGGGUCGACGAUGGUCUUGGCAGCACAAUCUAUCUCGAUGGAGUGGUGACUCUGGUGGACGCAAAGAAUAUUCUACACAGCCUUGACGACCCCAAGGGCAAGAUCGAGGAUCAUAACGAGCAUGACCACCACGGGCCUUUGAUGACGACCGCCCACGUGCAAAUUUCACACGCCGAUGUUAUUGUUCUCAACAAAGCCGACUUGGUAAGCGAGGAGGAUCUGAAGAUAGUCAGGGAACGCAUUGAGUCUAUCAACGGGGCCGCCAGGAUACACGUGACUGAAAAGAGCGUCGUUCCUCAGCUUGAGGGAUUCCUUCUGGACCUUCAUGCAUACGAUCAGUUCAACGUGGCCGAGGCUAAGAGCAAAGGCCAUAGCCAUCUGGAUCCCACGAUAUCAACUGUUUCCAUUCCCGUCCCACGUCUUCACCCUGAGCAGCUGGAGGAUGUCGACCGAUGGCUACGAGCGGUUCUCUGGGAUCACAAGCUGCUGGGGACAGAAAGCGCCGUGGAAUUUGAAAUUCACCGAUCAAAGGGCCGCCUCGCUUUUAUCAACGGUGAUGUGAAGCUAUUGCAAGGGGUAAGGGAGAUAUUUGAGCUCAUUGAUGCCCCCAACGGCGCGGAAAUUUCUUCGACGGAAGGCAAAAUCAUCCUGAUUGGUAGAGGGGUGAAAGGCGUAGACUUUGAAUCGGAUUUUAGAAAAGUGUUGAAUUAA